CUCCGGACGAUUUCUUCUGAUACUGCCCAAGAAUAGAAUGAAUUAGAAUCCUACCCAUAAAUUAUUUUUGAUCUCACGUUUCACUUUUUUCACUAACAUUUUAGAUAUUUCGCUUAACUUUCAGACCAUGUCCGCCAAAGGGUUUUUAAAGCCCAAGGACGAUGAUUUCAUCCCAUGGACGGAGGACAAGCUUGACGUGGAUGCUCAAAAGGACACGACCUUCGUCUACAACUCCACCCCGUCCUUGGGGCUGGCCGCUCAGAGACAAAAACUGCCCAUUUUCAAGACCCGCGAUCACAUCUUAUACAUGUUGGAGCAAUUCCAGGUGGUCAUUAUUGUGGGAGAAACGGGUAGCGGGAAAUCCACGCAAAUCCCACAGUAUCUAGUGGAAGCGGGUUGGUGCCAAGAAGAGGGUCAAAUGAUCGGAAUCACUGAACCGCGAAGAGUGGCUGCCACCACUCUGGCGGCUCGUGUGGCGGAGGAGAAGCAUUGUCCCAUGGGCGAACUAGUUGGGUACAGUAUUCGAUUUGACGAGUGGUUCGAUCGAGCCAAAACCAAGAUCAAGUACAUGACCGAAGGUAUUCUCGUUCGAGAGAUGAUGGGUGAUCCGCUUUUGAAGUUGUAUUCCGUGAUCAUGUUGGACGAGGUCCACGAACGCACGGCUCAAAUCGACAUCAUCAUGGGCUUGAUGAAGAAGAUUUUACGCAAGCGUCGCGAUUUGCGCGUGAUCAUCUCUUCAGCCACCGUGGAUGCCGAGUACAUUCGCGAUUUCUUCAAUGCUAAUCGAACCAAAGAUGUGAGCAAGGACACGGCUGCCAUCAUGAGUAUCAGCGGAUCGAAUUUUUCGGUCGAGGUGUUUUAUCUAAACGAACCUUGUCCAAAUUACGUCCAAAGUGCAGUGGAAACGGUCCUGAAGUUGCAUGAACGGGAGCCCCCUGGCGAUGUCUUGGUUUUUCUCACGGGUAUGGACGAAGUCGACCAUUGUGUAACAUUGCUCAAGGAACGAACAUCAAAUAAGCACAGUAAACACGGCUUGAAGAUUUGGCCUCUCCCCAUGUAUGGCUCUCUGCCGCCUCAAGAUCAACUCAAGGUGUUUCGACCAUCGCUCAGAGGAUAUCGGAAGAUCGUGGUGGCCACCAAUAUCGCGGAAACCUCCAUCACGAUCGAAGGUAUCGUCUACGUGAUCGACAGUGGCUUUGUCAAACUUAAAUGGUACAACGCAGACACCAAUGUGGAUGCGUUGAUUGUCACCGAGAUCUCACAAGCGUCAGCCGAACAAAGAGCCGGUCGAGCGGGUCGCACUCGUCCCGGACAGUGUUAUAGACUUUGUAGAGAAGAUGAUUUUCAAAAGUUGCCUUUAAACACCCCACCCGAAAUGCAGCGAACGGACUUGAGUACGGCUGUUCUUCAAUUGAAAGCUUUAGGCAUUGACAACGUGGUUCGCUUCGAAUUCCCAAGUGCUCCGCCUUCCAAGAACCUUAUGGCCUCAUUGGAGCUCCUGUAUGCUUUGGGGGCGAUCGAUGAUAAUGGACUUUUGACCAAGCCAUUAGGAGAAAACAUGUCCGAGCUCCCCAUUCAUCCAACGCUCUCGAAAAUGUUGUUCUCCUCGACUAAAUUCAAGUGCUCGAGAGAGAUCGCGGCCAUCAUUGCAAUGCUACAAAUUGAAAACAUCUUCAUUAAACCCCCUGGGGGUCAAGCCGGAAAUCGAGCUCGGGUGAUGAAGCGGAAAUUUGAAGUGGCCGAGGGGGAUCAUCUCACGUUGUUGAACGUGUUCAACACCUACCUUAAGCAGAAGCAGUGGGAUAUUAAGCUAUGGUGCCAGCAACAUUUCUUGAAGUAUAAGGGUCUCAAACGGGCUGAACAGCUCUUUGAGCAACUGGUACGCACUUUGAAGCGAUAUGAUGUGCCUAUUCAGUAUUCGUCGGACAUGGACGAGAUCCGGAGGUGUAUUGUGUCCGGAUUAUUCCCGAACGCGGCCUAUUAUCACAUGUCCGGAUCUUAUCGGACAAUUCGGGGCGAUAUCCCAUUGUCCGUGCAUCCGACUUCGGUUUUGUAUACUUUGAAGCAACCCUCGUGGGUGGUUUUCACCGAAUUAGCUCACAGCAAGAAGGUCCACAUGAAAGAUAUCACCGUUAUCGAUCCCACAUGGCUGGAAAUCUUGGCACCGCAUUAUUACCAGAAAACCACGCUUCAAAGAAGUCAUUGAAAUUUAAAUAAGUGUCUUUAUAUUUCGUCAGAAAGCUAUUAAUGAUAUCUGGAAAUGAGCCGACGCAUGGUUGAGAACCCGUCAAACAAGCGAUAUUUCGAUGUAUUUUUGAUUUUGUAUUUUGGUUUAAGAUUAAGGAUAAUGCCUGAGAAAUAGAGUCACAUUUGACAGAGUCAA